GGUAUGUGUACUGUUGACUGUCUUAACUGAAGAAACUGUUACUGGGACUUAAAGAUGAAUAUAUUUAUGUUACUUAUUUAUAAAGGCAGUCUUAAAGGGUGUGGUUUAACAGUAAAUUAAGGUAAAGUGUUGAAUUUGCAAUUGGUAAUCUUUAGGUGAUGUUUUAUUUGUGGGUUUUAAAUGGGAAACUGUUGCUCUUUUACUGAAUUUUACGCGUUAGAAGUGAAAAUGUUUUAGCACUUUCCCCAAAAUCUUUUUUAUUUUAUUUUUAUUUAGAGUGAAUGGUGAAAUUGCACUUCAACCUUUGUGGCACAUUUUUAUUUCCAUGAUCUCCAGCUUAAAUGAAAUAAAAACUUUGCUGCUAUGCAACUGCAUCUCUCUUAUUCUUCACUGCGUGAUUAUAUACACAACAUUUUUCUGACAUUGUUAUUAAAACUUAAUAAAUGUACAUCACAUGGGAGGAUUGUCGAAUAAAUAAUCAUAAAAACACAGAAAAGAAACUGAUAUUGAUGAGAGAUAACCGAUCAUGUUAGAGCAGUUUUUUAUUCAGGGCAUGAGGUCAUUGGUAAUGUCGGGUAACAAUAAGGAAGUAUACAACUUUAAGGUCGUGUGAACAGUGUUUAGAUGUUAUUUUACAAAUUCACCUGUCCAUCCAGUUUUAAAUGUAGGCGUCUGCUGCAUUAAUGAUCGACAGGACAGGAUGAUCAGGCUCCUCCGAAACGAACUUGUACGACUUCAUUUCAAUGGAGAACUAUGAUUAUUACUAAAUUUGACUAAAAUACAUUUUAGCUUUAGACGACUGUUUACAUUUAGAGGACCACAAAAUCCUGGACGGGAUGCGUCCGGGAAGAAGGGCACGUAUGGUCACCCUAGAUAAAUAAGUCUUGGAAGUGGAGUGGAUAAAACCACAGCUUAUGUAAAUAAGAAAACGCUGCGCAGACCGACCGACUAAUGAAGUACCGCGAGAGUGAUUCAAGUGCAUAAAGAACAGUGUGAUCUCGCGUUACUGUGAUGUAAUAGACCGAUCAGCCUGCGCAGCGCUGAGUCAAACACAUCUGUUUCUCUCAAAAACACAUCUGUUCGCUCCAGGUUUCGUUUCUGUAUUAGUCCUGCCCCUCAAAAACAGCAAACUGACACUGAAAUUCACUGUUUCUGAGCUGUAAGACAAGCAAACAACACAAACUGGAAAACAUGUCGAACCAAGGACCAAGAAGGCCAUACAAUGUUCACAGUAACAGACAUAGGUCCUACAGAAACUCAAAAAAGCCAAUAAAGAGUGAGCCACCUGCAGAAGACCUGACGCAAAACCAACUGCGGCUCGUCCUGGUGGGCAAAACAGGUGCAGGAAAGAGCGCAACAGGAAACACAAUCCUGGGAGAAGAGCGUUUUCGUUCUGAUACGAGCAUGGGAUCAGUCACCAAAGAGUGCAAGCGAGAAUGUGGAACGGUGGCAAGACGAAACCUUCUGCUCGUAGACACACCUGGUCUAUUUGACACAGAUCUCACAAAUGAGCAACUACAACAUGAGCUAAUACAUUGUCUAGCUUUGUCUUCACCUGGUCCUCACGUGUUUCUGCUGAUCAUACCAAUCGAGCGUUAUACGGAGGAACAGCAGCGGACCGUGGACAUGAUUCGAGAGAUGUUUCAUGACGGCAUCACCCAUCGCACCAUCAUUGUGUUCUCUCACGCAGACAGACUUCGAGAACCUAUCGAUUUGUUCAUUUCAAAACAAAACCAAAAGGUUCAAGACCUCGUGGAAAUGUUUGGGAAGCGUUACAUGGCUUUUGACAACACAGAUCUGACAAACCAAUGUCAGGUUGUUCAACUGCUGGAGAUGGUGGAUAAGUUGCUGGUUCAGAAUAACAACACACACUUCACCAAUCAGAUGACGGAGGUAAUGCUGAAGGCCAAGGCAAUAAUAGAAGAGAGAAGAAUGAAUAAUAUUAGGGCGGACGUACAGAAAAUGGCUGAUGAUCGCUGGACUGCGUUCACUGCAGACAUGAAAGAAGAUAGACAAGAUUCAGAGAGAAAAAAGAAGCGUGUCCAAGGCAGGAUUAAUCAGAUUGUGUCUGAUAUAAAAAAAGAGGAACAGAAUGAGAAACCCAUCCCAGAAAGACUGAGACGGUGGCGAGAAUCUCUGGAGAUGGAUCAGAUGAUCCUCAGAAGACUUGAGGAGGAAGAGAGGGAGAGAGAGGAGCGAGAGCGGACUGAAAAGAUGAAUCUGGAUGAAUGGAUGCAUGAGGAGCAGAUGAUGAGAGAAAGUGAGAAGCCUAAAGAUGAUUCAUAUUACACUAAAAUCCUAACUGCACUUACCAGCUUUCUGUUAGGGGUGGGCAUCACUUCUUUCGCACCUAUGCUUUUGGCCUUUCUCUUCCCUGCUGCUCCAGUUGUAGGGGGAGGUAGCAUGGCAAUAGGGACUUUAACCCAAAUGCUUGCUUUGACUGUAGGCAGAGCUUUUAUUUUGCCAACUGCCAUUAAGGGUGCAUCGCUGUGCACCAUACAAUAAUCAACUUUCAAUUUUAAAAUCUAUUAUUAUGCUGCAUUUUCUAGCUUAACAUUGAUAUUUCAGAGCUCAUUGCUGUACAAUAAUAUUCUUUGUUUCUUAUAUUGUUCAGCAAGUAUAGAAAUUUAACAGUGUUUAUUUACUCAAUCAUCUAUUUAUGUUAUCGUUGUUUAGAAACACUAUAGUUGGACUGUUUAAAACUAUCUGUAACCUAAUGUGUAAUCCAGUUUUCUUGUUGAUAUAGAUUUUAUAGUAUUCAUCUUAAUUAACCCCUUUUGUGGCGCAAAUCCAAGUUCGAUCCAAAUUUUAAGUUAAAAUCACAAAAAAUGUGGUUUGUGUCACACUUUUAGUGGUUUUACCAACAAUGGCCUCUAGGUGUCAACGGUUUGCUGCAUACUCUUGUCACAAGUUAAUAAAUUACUGUUACUGCAUUAUUAUUACUGCUAAAAGGUUUUGAAAUAUGACUAAACUACAUUCUUAGAGCUUUUGUCAAGAUUGUUUAGGUUUAAAAGGGUAUUAGUGUUACAAAUAUGUAAUAACAAAGUGGGCCUACAUGUGGACCAGUGGCAUUUUAGAAAAUGGCUCUCAAUGUCAUUUCUUUACCAAAAUGGUGAUGAUGAAAUCUACACUCUUAGAGCUUUCAAACGAUAUAUGAUUUGUCAUGACUGGAUAAGAAUUCACAUGCAAAACACUGAAAAUAUAAGCUGGUGAGACAGGGACAUUUAGCAGAAUCUCUUCAUAAAUGAAUCAAUUACUCUCCAUACAUAAUUUAUUUUAUAAACUACUGUUAAAAGAUGUAUUCUGGUCAGUAUGCUAUAAAAAUGCUAAGUUUCAAACUCAACACUUCCUUGUUAUUCAAAAACAGCUUUUAUUUAAACCAAGAUCAAAAUAGGAAUUAUCAGUGGCAGCCGAUGACUUAUUUUUUGAGGACACACGCAGCAAAGCUCAUCAAAACAUGUAUUUAGCCCAUCAAUGUGUGUGGCUCGUCAUGUCAAAAUAUGUGAUUGGCGCAUCAUGUAAACUUAUGUGCAUCGUGUGUCAUAUCAAAAUGCGUCCCUGCUGCAGACUCUUUGAAGAGGUUUAUGAUAAGAAGAUGCUCACGUUUUCCAGAUACUCUGCUUAGGGUUAGGGUGCCUUAUGUCAUUAUAUUGUGCAAUUCCAAACAUGCACAGAUGGGGGCUUUGAAACUUUUUUA